AUGUCUUCUUUCCAUGGGAGUGGUCUUGGCGGAAGUGACCAAGUUAUUUUCUAUUCGCCGCCGAUUACAAAGGAAGACGCCAUCCUUGAGACAAGUGAAGUUGCCGGACGGAGGGCCAAUUCAGUCCAGGAUGAGGGCAAUGGCAAAUCCACUCGAGUCUGCCAAAUAUGCAUUAAUGGAGAGCAUUGCACUUGUUCUUCCGGUAUUGAACAACCUUUACAAGCAGUAAAAGAAGUGCAAACUUCCCCAGUGGCCUUGGCAACUGAAGAAUCAAAAGCUAUCAGAAACUUCAUUCAGUUCUUGAAAGACACAGCAAAUAGAGUAUUUCAAGUCAUACAUGUCAGCACUGAUGAGGACACAAGCAAGAUAGAGCUUAAAGUGGACGAUGCAAUCACAGAUAAUUCUUUGAAAGCAAUUAAAAAUAGUCUUCAAGCUGUCCCAGGUGUUCAAAGCAUAUGUGUAGACCCUGAACUGAACAGAAUUUCUGUUUCUUGCGAACCAGAUUCCCCUGCACCUGGAAGUUUUAUCAUAGUGACCGAAUCAACUGAAGCUGGAAAUUUCAAGGCCAUGAUAUUUGCUGAAGGGAGAAGAGGAAGAGAAAGUCGUAGACAGGAGGAAACUGAGCAUUUGCAGUACUUUCUGCUUUUGUGGUUUUUGGUUCUUGCAUUUAUUUUAUUUUUAGCAUCCAUGCUUUCCAUUAAUGUCCCUGCAAUUAAGCAUUAUUUGGACAUCAAAGUAGUCAAUAUGCUGACAAUAGGGGCAAUUAUCAGGUGGGUGCUAUCCACUCCGAUGCUGCUUAUGCAGCUUAUCAUCCUUUGGCAAUUCUAUACAGCACCCAACAAGACACUGAAUUGUUGUUCUGUUGACAUGGAUGUGUUUACUGCCCUAAAAGCGAAUAUAAUCUACUUUUGUUCAGUCUAUUCAGUUUUGAGGACUGCUUUUUCUUCAGAUUUUCAAGGAGUGGACUUCUUUGGGACUAGCUUAAUGUUUGUGGCCUUCAAUCUUCUUGGGACGUAUCUAGAUGCAUUCGUUAGGAGGAAGAGAUCUCAAGUCAUCACCAAGCAUAAGGGAUUGGCAAAGGAAACGAUAACAUUAUUGACUUUGGUUCAUAAAGAAAAUUUGACUGUCGAAGAAAUUGAUAGUAGGUUAGGGUUAACUGAUGUCAUUAGACUAAUUCCUGGUGCAAAAGCUAAAUGGGAGAAGAGCCAUGCGAAUGAGAAUGGAGUUGUGUAUUUUAAGGGGAGAAGUUUUGGAUCAGACAGUGUUCUCUCACAGAUUGCUCAUCUUGUUCAGUCUGAUCAGAAGGCGGAAGGUCCUGUGAAGGAAUUUGCUAAAACUAUUUCCAAAUUCUUUCUCAUUUUGGCUAUUAUUGUUUCUUUUUUAUUUUGGCUUGCCUGGUUUUUAGCUGGAAAGUUCCAUGCCUACCCAAAAUCUUUGUUACCGCAUUCCAUGGAUAGGUCUCAUCUUGCAGCCCUAGUUUGGAUAUCUGUUAUGGCAAUAGCUUCGCCGUGUUCUCUUCCCCUAGCAACUGAAAUUGCUGCCAUGGUUGCCGCCCAGGUUGGCGCAUCCAGGGGUGUUCUAAUAAAAAAUAAGCGAGCAUUAGAAUGGGCACAUAAGGUGGAUUGCAUUGUUUUCAACAAGAGAACUCUUACCGUUGGAAAACCAGUGGUUGUUGACCUAACACUUCUGAAAAAUAUGAGACCUAAAGAAUUUUUCCUACUAGUUGCUGCAGUUGAGCAACUCUUUAGGCGAUUUUAUAUAGCUCAGAAAUAG